AUGCAGCUCCUCUUCCUCUUCCUCUUCCUCGUCUCCUUCCCCAUCGCCACCCUCGGCGCAGUCUCAUUACCCAUCCAACAAUGCGGAAAAAACUUCACUGAAAACAACAUAUUGCAGACCAGUAUCAACAACCUCCUUCUCGACAUGGUAGCAAAGAGUUCUCUUAACGGCUACGCGAUCUCCUCCUACGCCUCUGACAGCUGCCAAACCAUCUACGGCCUCACACAAUGCCAAGGAGACCUGAGCCGGGAAGCGUGCUCCACCUGCAUCACCAACGCAGCACAAAAUAUCAGAUCUGCAUGCCCUAACGCAGCCAUAUCCCGCGCAUGGCAGGAGAACUGCUUCCUUCACUACGACACCGAGAACUUCAUCGGCAAGCUGGACAAAUACUUUGCCAAUGUGUGGUAUUCCUUCGACGCCUCUGUAAAUUUCAAGAUUUUUGAGCGAGCGGCAGGGGAGCUGAUGGGGGAGGUGAUGGAGGAAACGGUGAGAGGGAGAGAGAAGUUCGGAUUUGGGGAGAGUUACGUGAAUGAAAACUUGACGGUAUAUGGAAUGGCACAGUGCACGCGGGAUCUUGGAGAGCAUGCAUGCAAUGAGUGUAUGAAAAAUGCAUUGGAAAUUAUAUCGUUUUACUGCGUGGGUAAGACUGGCUGCCGUGUAUUUGGAAGCAGCUGUGUGGUGAGGUAUGAGACUUAUAAGUUUCUGCAGGUGGAUUCUCCGGUUGUGCGGUUCGGCGAGGAAGAAGGCGUGUGGUUCCCUGAAGAAGAAAGCGUGCACAGUUCUGUUUGGAGGAAGAAUGCGCGUGGUUCUGUUCGUGACGUAGAACAUGCGGAGCAGGAGUUCGCUCACGCAAAGGAUUUCUGCGACAUCCUAGAGGAAGGCUUCGGCAGUGCUGCAGAGAAGAAUACGGCAACUCCAGAUUUUUGGAAGUGA